AUGCCGCUGAGCUGCCAUAAUACCACUGCUGUUUCGGAUACGUGUCACUUCGUCUACCCCGGUGGCCAACUCCUCCUUACGCAAUUUUGGGAUACCAACCCGUCUACUGGCCCUAAUAACUCGUGGACCGUCCACGGCCUUUGGCCCGACAAUUGUGACGGAAGCUACGAGCAAAACUGCGACACUUCUAGAGCGUACACUAACAUCACGGCCAUUCUUCAGGAAUCAGAUCCCUCUACGCUGGAUUUCAUGAAGAUAUACUGGAAAGACUACCAAGGGAAUGACGAAAGCUUCUGGGAGCACGAGUUUGGGAAGCAUGGCACAUGUAUCAGCACCCUUGAGCCACGGUGCUAUCCCAAUUAUGAGCCCACUGAAGAGGCUGUCGACUUCUUCAGGCGGGCCACCACCUUGUUCCAAACCCUGCCAUCCUAUGAUUGGCUUGCUGCCGCCGGCAUCUUGCCGUCGAUCACAAUGACGUAUACUUUGGCCGAAAUUCAAGAUGCUCUUACUGCGCAUCACGGCCAGAACGUCGUUAUAAACUGCGCCAAAAAUGGUGAGCUCAACGAGUUAUGGUAUCACUACAACGUCCGCGGCUCGGUCCAGAGCGGCACAUUCGUUCCCGUUGAGCCUGUUGGCGCUCCAUCGACGUGUCCAAAAACCGGUAUCAAGUAUUUGCCCAAGUUCCAACCGGGGAGGGGCAAGCAGUGA